AUGGCGCAGGGUGCGGGUGAUGCAUUCAAGUCCAAGCUGUUAGCGCUGCAAAAGGGCCUUCUGCACGUUUGGGAACUUGGUUUCCGCCCGGUGAAUUGCUUUGUGGAUUGCUCCGAGGUGCAGAAGGUAGUCAUAACUAAUAGUGAUGUCCAGAAUUAUUGGCAUGGGGCGGUGAUUCUUUUAAUUCGAGAAGUGAUAGCUAGGAAUUUGAGUGUUUCAGUUACUCCGGUUCCCAAGGAACAAAAAAUGGUUGUGGAUGCAUUGGCAAAGCUAGCGGUGCGAGAAGGCUGGGAUUGGAAGGGACAAAAUAAAACAGAAUGCCUUCUUCCGCCUACUACCCAAUCUUACCCUUGGCUUCUUUAUGUUCACAACAACCUGGCCAUCAUUCGCAGCAUAUUAGAUCCCACAGAAACUUAUUCAAGAAGUAUUCCAGAGUUGAGUGGGGCAAAUCUGUUGACCGUGCAACAUGGUGGUUGGUGUGUUUUGGAGAAAGGUGGAAAAGAAAAGGUUCGGGAACUAUUACUUUGGAAUCCUUUUCUUCAGGAAAAGAUUCAUCUCCCAUCCCUGAAACACGAGAACAGAAUUCGCAAUUGCAUUUUGUCGUGCUCCCCAACUGAAACAGAUCAAGUUUGCUCCAUAUUUUUAUUCCCGCAUGAGGCGUAUGGUUACGGUCCAAAUAUAUUAUUCUAUUGUGAAGUUGGAGAUAAACAAUGGUUUGCAGUAGACUACCGAAAAGACUUAGUGAGGGCUUCACCGCCGGAGGAGGAUGGUGUAGUUUAUAACCCGUUUCUUUAUAGCCCUGUUUACUUCAAUGGUCGCUUGUAUGCAGUGUCAUACUCUCGUCUUCUGGUGAUAAUAGAGAAGCUUGAACCUCCUAAUGGCCUUCAAAUACACUCUGCAGAUGUUUACUUGCCAGAUCCGUUUCCACAUACCUUCCCAUGUCUACGCCAGUUGCUAGUGUGUAACCAUGAAUUAUUUCAUAUUCAAAUAUCUAUGGAGUAUAAUAAGAUUUUUGGCAUAGCGGUUCACAAAUUAAAUUUUUCUCACAUGAUAUGGGAAAGGGUGAAAAGCAUCAAAGACAUGGUCUUCUUUUUAUCCGAUAAGGAUUUACCAUUUGCUCGUCGAGUCAAUCCUGGUGGAGGGGGUCUUAUCUAUUUCACGUCCAUGAACAACAAAUUUGUUCAUAUAUUCAACCUUGAAGACAAUAGUCUCAGAAUUUGUAAAGCUUUCCCAAGUUUCCCAGAAAAUUGGUUUCCCGCAAAAUCAUUCUGGGUUAUGCCAGAUUUAAGGAGGACUCUGGCACCCACAACAGAAGGUAUAAAAACUCAAGUUGGGGCAGGUAUAAUAAGGAUGACUAUUGCACCAAAGGAAAAAGUAGGGAAAACUCAAAUUAGGCCAAAUCUAAGGAUGACCCAUGCACUCAAAGAAGAAAGAGGAAAAAACCAAACUAGAGGUGGGGAAAGUAGUGCGACAGUCCAUUCAGAUGAGACACGGGAUAGAGCUACUAACUUUGAUGCAUUACCUUUUCAUAUAGUCGAAAUGGUUGCAAACUAUCUUGAUGCAUAUGAUUAUUUGCAUUUUCGAGCUACCAACUGUUACUAUCGUCAUUUAAGAGCACCGCCACUUCAAUGGAGAUCACCCUCUCACAUAUCAGCGUCAAGUUUUGAUGAUCUUUCACUCUUUCCGUUAUUUGUUUACUUUGAGAAAGAAGAAGUUUUAACUUUUGUGCACCCAAACCAUGGAAUUAAGUAUAAAUAUAGCAUUAACAUGCCCGAAGAUAUCCAAGGAGGUUGUGAAAUUUGCUACUCCAAAGAUGGUUGGCUACUUCUGUCAGUAAACACAUUUUCUAACAUUUUCUUCAAUCCUUUUACAAAAGAAGUGAAACAACUUGCAUAUGGACCUGCAUCAAAACAAUAUGGACCUACACCAAAACAAGUAUGGAAGAAUACACCGUUGAUGGGCUUCUCACAUCCUCCAACCUCUUCAAAAUGUGUAGUUGUUGAACUCCAAGAUUUUUACCAACCAACGGUACACACCACUUGGCUUGGGAAAGGUAAAUGGAAAGAAUCCAUUUUUAGAGGUCGUCAUUUUCAUUCCACCAACAUAAGCCCUUGUUUCCAUAAUGAAGCAUUCUAUUAUCUUAGCAGGAAUGGAAAGUUGGGCAUUCUUAAACUAGCAGGAAAAAAAAAAAUAUUUUGGAGAGAAUAUAAAAAGCUUAAUGCUCCAUGUAGGGGCUACUACAAGUGCUUUCUAGUAGAAUCUAAUGAUAGUCUCUUGUUUGUAUUUGAGAAUCCUUUUGAAAAUUGGGUUCGAGUUUUCAAGUUAAAUGAGUCUGAAAAGACAUGGACAGGAGUUAAAAGCCUUGGAAACCAUAUGAUUUUUGUUGGUAAUCAAUCGUUUUCUGCGGUGGCUAGUAUUCCUGGAAUGGAAAAUAAAAUAUAUUUUCCCAGAUUUUAUAACAAAAACAUUGUGUUUUAUUCAUUAGAAUCAAGUAACUACCACACAUUUGAAAGCUCUGAAGUUGUGGAUUUUCAUUGUAUGGAAGAAAAACUUAAUAGCAGCUGGAUUCAACCAAGGUGGUAG